UCUCCCAUUGGCGCACACACCUCCUUGUUUCUUGGUUUAUAUAUAGAAAAGAAAAAUGAAUGCCACUCGGGUUUGAGAGUUUUAUACAAUAAAGAGCACCUGAGGCAUUUGUUUGAUUGGAACACAGUGAGAUCAAUUCAAAGGAAACAGAACAGAAUAUAGAGAAAGCAUCUAUGGCAUCCUCUGCUUGUACCAAACCCAUUUUCCCUUCUACCUUCACCGUCUCUUCUUCUUCUUCUUCUUCUUCAGAAUCAAAGUCAAAGUUGGGUCAUGUCUCAUUCAUCAACACCACCUCUCCUCUCCCCAUAUACCGUAAGCUCUCUCGUUCCAACCCGUGCCAUUCUCAACGUUCCUUGGUGGUCAACAAUGUUUUGAAAACAGUUGACCCGGCACAAACCUCGGUGUCCGAGGAUGUUGGGAAUUUGGGUGAAAAGCCCACCAUCUUGGUCUCCGAGAAACUGGGAGACGCAGGGCUUCAAGUGUUACGUGGUUUUGGACACGUGGAAUGCGCCUACGACCUCUCACCCGAGGAACUAUGCACAAAAAUUUCAUGCUGCGACGCUUUGAUCGUGAGAAGCGGAACGAAGGUGACAAGACAAGUGUUUGAAGCUGCCAAAGGAAGGUUGAAGGUAGUGGGUAGAGCUGGUGUGGGCAUUGACAAUGUGGAUCUGCAAGCUGCCACUGAAUUUGGGUGCCUCGUUGUUAAUGCGCCCACAGCGAACACUAUUGCUGCUGCAGAGCAUGGGAUCGCUCUCCUCGCCGCCAUGGCCCGCAAUGUUGCCCAAGCUGACGCCUCCGUCAAAGCUGGCAAGUGGCAGAGAAAUAAGUAUGUGGGAGUUUCUAUGGUUGGAAAGACGUUAGCGGUAAUGGGGUUUGGAAAAGUUGGAUCUGAAGUAGCGAGGCGUGCAAAAGGGUUGGGCAUGCACGUGAUUGCUCAUGAUCCCUAUGCUCCAGCUGAUAGAGCCCGUGCUAUUGGUGUCGAUUUAGUGUCAUUUGAUCAGGCCAUUUCCACUGCGGAUUUCGUCUCCCUCCAUAUGCCACUCACUCCAACUACUAACAAGGUCUUUAAUGACGCCACUUUUGCAAAGAUGAAAAAGGGUGUUCGCAUUAUCAACGUUGCUAGAGGAGGAGUUAUUGACGAAGAUGCAUUAGUUAGAGCCCUUGACAGUGGAAUUGUGGCUCAGGCAGCACUUGAUGUCUUCACCGAGGAGCCCCCAUCCAAAGACAGUAAGUUAGUGCAACACGAGAAUGUAACUGUUACGCCACAUCUUGGAGCUAGCACCAAAGAGGCACAGGAGGGUGUAGCUAUCGAAAUAGCAGAGGCUGUGCUUGGAGCAUUGAAGGGAGAACUUUCAGCAACUGCUGUCAAUGCUCCUAUGGUUGCUCCUGAGGUGCUAUCAGAAUUGGCUCCAUAUGUGGUGCUAGCUGAGAAGCUGGGGAGGCUAGCAGUGCAGUUGGUAUGUGGAGGAAAUGGGAUCAAAUCUGUGAAGGUGGUUUAUCGAUCGGCUAGGGGCCCAGAUGACCUUGACACAAGAAUUCUUAGAGCCAUGGUUACAAAGGGUAUAAUUGAACCAAUAUCAAACACAAUUAUCAACCUUGUGAAUGCUGAUUUCGUAGCCAAGCAGAAAGGCCUUCGCAUAAGUGAGGAAAGAGUAGUUGUUGAUUCAUCUCCUGAGCUACCAGUUGAUUCAAUCCAGGUUCAAAUAUCCAAUGUGGAGUCCAAAUUUGCGAGUGCUGUAUCAGAAAAUGGUGAAAUCAGCAUUGAGGGAAAAGUGAAGUUUGGUAUACCCCACCUCACUCGUGUGGGGUCUUUUGAUGUGGAUGUGAGCUUAGAAGGGAAUCUAAUCCUGUGCCGACAGGUGGAUCAGCCUGGCAUGAUUGGUCGCGUGGGAAACAUUCUGGGUGAACAGAACGUUAAUGUGAGCUUUAUGAGCGUUGGAAGGACUUCUCGUAGGAAGAAGGCUAUUAUGGCUAUUGGUGUUGAUGAAGAACCAAACAAGGAGGCUCUUCACAAUAUAGGAGCCGUUCCUGCCGUUGAAGAGUUCGUAUUUCUCAAGCUCUAGUUGCUAUAUACAUGCACACAGCUUUUAACCUGCGAGUUUUAGGACGUAAUAUAGCUUUUGAUUCUUAAGUGCUUUUUAACAAACAUCUCAAGUGCAUGUGCGCA